AUGUUCAUAAAUCCAGGCUUUGAGCUCAUCGAACAAAUCGGAGGCGGUGGCUUCUCAAGAGUAUUUAGGGCCGUGAAUGCUGCAGAUCAUAGAGUAGCAGCCUGCAAAUUGGUCUUGACAACAAAGGAAACUACCGAAACGAGCCGAAAGAUGCUUGACAAGGAGAUGCGUAUACACGCCGCACUCAAGCACUCCAAUGUUCUCGAAUUCUUUAAUGCGAUUAUAGUAGAAAUAACCAGCAAACAAGUGUACGUUCCGGGCACUUAUAUGCUCCUUGAAUUCGCUGCUGGGGGCGAUCUAUUCGACAAAAUUGUUCCUGAUAUGGGAAUCGGCGAGGACGUCGCACACGUCUACUUCACACAGCUUGUCUCUGGAAUGGAAUACAUACACAGCCAAGGCGUUUGCCACCGAGACCUGAAGCCAGAGAAUCUCCUCUUAGACGCGGCAGGUGCUCUGAAGAUAACUGACUUCGGCCUAAGCUCUGUGUACAAGCUCAAAGAGACCGGAAAGACGAGAUUGCUCACAGAACGCUGCGGGAGUCUGCCAUAUGUGGCGCCCGAGGUGAUAUUAUGCCUAAACUCGGAGUCUCCAUACCAAGCGGAACCGAUUGAUAUCUGGGGCAUGGGAGUUAUUUUGUUCACCCUGCUCGCCGGAAAUACUCCGUGGGACGAGCCCACCAAGAAAUCCCCCGAAUUUCGGAGAUAUCUUUCAGGUGACAUUUUGAAAGAAGCUCCGUGGAAUCGUCUUGACCAGGAUGUACUAUCUUUAAUUGUGGGAUUGUUGAAUAUUGAUCCGUCGCGGCGUAUGACUAUCCCAGAUAUUAUUCAACAUCCCUGGUAUCAGCGGGCCUCUUUUAUUGCCGCUCAGGGUGUUGGCGUUCUUGCAGAACAUUUGACGCAGCCAUUGAGAACAGUCGGGGACUUCGACAUCGCUGCACCGGAAGUACCGAUGUACACGGAUGCAGACGGCGAUCAAGUUAUGCAAUCCGCUCAUCAGACUCAGUUCACGCAGUCCCUGCUGCUCUUCUCCCAAACGCAAAAUGGGCGAAGAUAUACCCCUCACCUAACUCGUUUCUACUGCUCAAUACCCCCGCACGACCUCAUGCCUCUUAUACAGCAAAGCCUUGAGGACUUGGGCAUUACCUUCAAACUCAAGCCCCAAGAUCAGUCUCCAAGCGCCCCCGACGUUAUUAGGCUUCGGAUCGGCGGCUACGACCGUAGGAAGGAGAUGUUCAAAGGUUGGGUGGAUGUCGAGAGGUAUGCGUACAAUAACGUCGAAUGCUCCUUCUGUAUCAUGCAGCGCGAUCAGGGGAAUCCGAUUUCUUGGAGACAGCUGUGGAAGGCUCUGGUCAUGUCACCGAAGGUAGAUCCGCACGUGCUGAGAAAGCGGUAA